ACUAAAUUUUGCAGUUAUGUUUUAGCACACUAUGUUUAAGCCAGAGGAUCACGGUCUCGAGGCCGAUUUUCGCCUUACCAUGUUUUCCACUCUGCGCGGGUGAGGAUGCAAAGUCCCCGAAGAGAAGCUUAAGCAAUAUCUCACGGGAACAGAAAUAGUUAGUAGUGCUCCUCAAAAUAAUAAUGACUAUAUUGGAUCUGGAAUGGAUUGCGCGGUUAUACCUCUAUCACGGCAUACGGACUAUUCGCUGGUACAGACUGUUGACUUCUUUUAUCCUCUAGUUGAUGAUCCCGAAAUAAUGGGCCUCAUAGCUUUUGCCAAUGUUUUAAGUGAUGUAUACGCUGUUGGUGUCACGGAUAUCGAUAAAAUCGAAAUGCUUAUUAGUGCGCCUUCAAAUCUGACAGAGAAGCAGCGAGAUAUUGUGGUUCCCCUGAUUGUCAAAGGCUUCCAGAGAGCAUCAAGCAACAGCGGCUGUUAUGGCAAUGUGACUAUAAAAAAUAUUAUUAUUAAUCCUUGGUGUAUUAUUGGAGGCAUAGCGACUGCCGUUUGUCUAAAGCAAGACAUUAUAUUACCGUCAAACGGUAAAGCUGGCGAUGUCCUGGUGCUAACGAAGCCACUUGGCACGCAGCUAGCAACGAGUGCGCAUAUUUGGCAGAAGGAGAAAAAUGAAAAGUAUGAAAAGUUGCUAACUGAAUAUACGAGCGACGAUAUCAGAGAAACGUUUGAAAUAGCAAUCAAAUCAAUGACAUAUCUCAAUCGCAAUGCUGCUUUGCUAAUGAAGAAGUACGAAGCGCAUGCUGCAACAGAUAUCACGGGCUUCGGUUUGCUGGGACAUGCCAAAAAUCUGGUUGAGUUUCAGAAGCAGUCGCUUCAAUUUGAAAUUCACAAAUUGCCCAUAAUUAAAAACGUUUUAAGGUUUGGCGAAUUAGUUGGACAAUGUACAAAACUAAAAGCAGGCAAAGCUGUUGAAACAUCUGGUGGAUUACUCAUUUGCCUAACCCCUGAAGCAGCUGAAGAAUUUUGCGUGGAGUUUGCAAAAUUGUCAAAUGGAGCACAAAAGGCUUUUGUUAUUGGCGAAGUUAAAGAAGCGGUUAAAUCUGUUGCAAAUUUGGCUGAAAAUGUUGAUCUCAUUGAGGUUUCACUUUAAAAAAGUUUAUUUUGUUUAACGGGUCAAACUGAGUGUUCAACUUAUGAUUAUUAUUUCGUAAAGGUUUUGGCUGGGAAAUAAUAUGAAUUGAUUUAUAUGUAA